AUGGUCGGCCCCAUCAAGACCGAGCUCCGCGAGUACGCCCACCGGCCCAGCGACGGCACAGGGCCCUACGCCGACAACCUCGAGACGGACGUCUUGAUCGUCGGCGCCGGGUUCGCCGGUGUGUACCUCCUCCACGAGCUGCGGUUGCAGGGCAAAAAGACCGUCAUCUACGAAGCCGGCGACGGUUUCGGCGGCACUUGGCGAUGGAACCGCUACCCCGGCGCCCGCGUCGACUCCGAAGUCCCCGAAUACCAGCUCUCCAUCCCCGCCGUGUACCGCGACUGGACCUGGACGACCAACUACCCGGACUUCACCGAGCUGCGCGCCUACUUCGCCCACGCCGACCGCGUGCUCGACCUCUCGCGCGACACGGCCUUCAACACCGUCGUCGUCGGCGCCGCCUUCGACGAGGCCGCCGGCCGGUGGACGGUCAAGACGGAAGACGGCCGCACCGCGCGCCCGCGCUUCCUGAUCGUCGCCGCCGGGUUUGCGGCGAAGCGCUACGUGCCGGAUUGGAAGGGGAUCGAUUCUUUCGAGGGCUUUAUUUGUCACUCGUCGUUUUGGCCAGAGGAGGACGUCGACGUCAAGGGGAAGCGGUGCGCGGUCAUUGGGACGGGCGCGUCGGGCGUGCAGAUAUCCCAGGAGUGGGGGCCCAAGGUUGGGGAGGGCGGGAGUUUGAAGGUCUUCCAGCGGACGCCCAAUCUGACCGUGCCCAUGGGGAAAAAGCCCCUGACGGCGGAGGAGCAGAACCAAACGAAGCAGUUCUACCCGCAGCUGUUGAAGUUGCGCGAAAAGUGCUUUGGGGGCUUCAUGUUCGGCUUCAGCGAGAAGAACACGUUCGAGGACUCGGCCGAGGAGCGAGAGGAGCACUUCCGGAAGCUCUGGGAUCACGGCGGCUUUUCGUUCUGGCUUGGCAACUACAAGGAUUACCUUUUCGAUGCGAAGGCCAAUCGGGAGGUGUACAACUUUUGGGCUAAAAACCAACGAGCUCGUAUCGGGGACCCCCGGAAGAGAGACUUGCUCGCCCCUCUGGAGCCCCCACACGCCUUCGGCGUGAAGCGGCCCUGCCUGGAGCAGAACUACUACGAGCAGUUCAACCGCGAGAACGUCGACGUCGUAGACAUCGCCAACAACCCGGUCGUCGAGAUCAAGCCCAACGGCAUCCUCCUUCAGGACGGCACCCUGCACGAAGUCGACGUCAUCGCCAUCGCCACCGGCUUCGACAUCACCACCGGCGGCAUGACCAACAUGGGCCUCACCAGCAUCCACGGGACCACGCUCAAAGACGAGUGGAAAGACGCGGCGUACACGUACCUGGGCACCACCGUCAGCGGGUAUCCCAACAUGUUCCACCUCUACGGCCCGCACGGCCCGACGCUCCUCUCCAACGGACCCACCAGCAUCGAGGUCCAGAGCCGGUGGAUCGUCGACUGCAUCAAGGCGGUCGACCGGGCGGGGCUCAAGUACAUCGACCCCACGCCCGAGGCCAGCAAGGAGUGGAAGCAGCGCAUCAACGAGCUGUCGGACAAGUCGCUCUUCCCGACGACGCGCUCGACGUACAUGGGCGGCAACGUGCCCGGCAAGCCGUUCGAGCAGGUCAACUACGCCGGGGGCAUCCCCAUGUAUGCGCAGGAGAUACGGGAGGCGCUGCCGGGGCUCAAGGGGUUCAGGACGGUCAAGGCUUGA